CUGACGUGCCGAUAAAUCAGAAAUGAAACUGAAUAUGUCUGUUUUUGUUAGGAACAUGCAGUUCCUUUUAAGUUCGAAAAAAAUGCGGUAGCAGCAACAGAAGCAGCAUUGUUUGAAUAGUUUUUGACAGUGUUACAUUGCAUUUUAACCUUUACAAAAAAAAAAGAAAUAGGAUGUAGAGGUCUCGAGGCAUCGCUGCAUUGUUUAUCAAUGUAAUGAUUGUUUAUUAUGCAACGCUAAGUGGAGGCAGAAUGUCAGAGUGAUGGUACUGAUUGUGUGGCAGUUUGGUGGGGAGACAAUGAAAGUUACUACAUGAAAUUCAACAGUUCUCUAAUGUUAACUUGUAAGCCAAAAUGCAUAAUUUUAAGAAAUAAAAGCUGUAAACCGAGGUCUAAAUGCUGAGAGAUGUUUUGUGUUUGGAGUGCUGCGAGCCUCAUAUGUUAGCACUAUACCUGCGUCACAAAAGGAUGACUGAAUGUGAUCAUAUCUCUGAGUGGGAAUACCUGUGCGUGCAUUGUUUCUGUAAGUAUUGUACGAGAAGUCGACGUAAAGAUUUUACAAGGAAAGAUUUACAUCUAAAGAAAUUGUGGCACGUCAAACUGCUUUUUGUUCUUUCCCUGGGUUUCCUGCAGAGGAAGUUGCUUCACCACUGACAAAACUAGGAGUUGUGAAAACUAAUGGAAGGAAAGGGGAAGUGAUGCAUUGUGGAUAUAAUUGAUGAUGUUGGUCUAUUGUCUUUCCUGUAUCUCAUUGUGUUGUACAUUAUAUUUGAUAUGGAUAAAAGAGUGUUUGUGCUGAUAAUAUAUGUUUGUCCUUUCUGUGAUAGUUUCACAUCACUCUGUUGUCUAUGAUCUGUGAAGCAGAAGGAGCCUGAGGAAAGCAGGACUGAUUGGACAGAUUCACUGUGGACAAGGGUCUCUCUUGAUUGCCAUCCACUUUCUCCAGCAUCGAGACAUGUAGUCAGCAGCGUAAGCAGAGCGUAUUCCCUCCUUGUGAACUAUUUUUCCUCUCAAACAGCUUCCUCUACCGCUCGGGCUGGACUGCGGUGCAUUGACGUCGGCUCGCCCUCCCCUGCCCCCUCGCCCCCCAGCAAUGGCCUCACGCAUCGGCCUGCGGAUGCAGCUGAUGCGAGACCAGCUGCAGCAAGAGGAGCAGCGUGAGAGGCAGCAGAUACAGCAGAUACAGCAGCAUCAGCAGCAGCAGCAGAAUGCAGCCAUGCAGUACAUGCAGCAUUGCAUGGCUGUGCCACAUGCACCCACCCCGGCCAUCAGCACCCCACAGCAUCCCCAAAGCAUGCAGGUCCCCGUGGAGGUUCUUAAGGUACAGACCCAUCUCGAGAAUCCUACGGAUUACCACAUCCGUCAGUCUCGGAGGCAACAGGUGAAAGAAUACCUCUCCACCACCUUUGCCACCAAACAGACGGUCCAUGCAGUAGCAGGGCCGGUGCAGCCCUCUCCUCCCACAAAGAUGGGACCCACAGGGGGUUCAGCGUCCGCCCCCCCACCCCUCCACUCCCCACACAUGCGCACUGAACAGCUCAUGUCUGGAAACAGCGCCCCAAACAGCCCCAUGGCCAUGCUCAACAUCGGCUCCAGCCACGAGACAGAGAUGGAUGAGGUCAUUGAUGACAUCAUCAGCAUGCAGUCCAAUUAUGACGAUAUUCAGGCAUACAUUGACCCUAUCCAGAUGCCAAACACACUCCCCCUGUCUAGCAGUCACCUGGAUGUGUAUACAGGUCCGGGGAUGAAGGGUCCAGCCAUUGCUAUGACCAGCAACUCCUGUCCUGCCAACCUGACCGUUAAACGAGAACUGUCAGAUACAGAAGCUCGUGCUAUGGCUAAGGAGAGACAGAAGAAAGACAACCAUAAUCUGAUUGAAAGGAGGAGGAGAUUCAACAUCAAUGAUCGUAUCAAAGAGCUGGGCACCAUGAUCCCCAAGACCAAUGACCUUGUGCAUAGUGAUGUGCGCUGGAACAAAGGCACUAUUCUGCGGGCGUCUGUUGAGUACAUCAAACGCAUGCAGAAGGAUGCACAUAGGUCCAGAGAGGUGGAGAACAACUUCAAAAGGAUGGAAAUGGCCAACAAACAACUGAUGCUACGUAUCCAGGAAUUGGAGAUGCAGGCUCGUAUACAUGGCCUGCCCAACAACUCUCCAUCUGCCCUGAACCCCACUGACCUGAUGUCUUCUUAUAUAAAACAAGAGACCAGCCCAGAGGAGAACCUCUCUCACGCCCUGGCACAAGCCCACCACCAGCCCCAGCACCUACCCCAGAACCAGGCUCAUCCCCAGGCCCAGCAGCACCACUUCCUCCCGCAGAACCACCUCCACCCCCAGGGCCAGGUUCAGCAACAGCCUAGGCAGCUGCCACCACUCCCUCAUCACAUGCAGCAGCCCCAGCCACCCAUCCAGUUUCCAGCCGUAGGCAGCUCCCAGCCCUUUGACUUUGCCCAGUCGCUGGACUUGUGUGAUGCGAUACCCGGCUUCUCAGACAGCAUGUCGGGGCUAGGCGACCUGGGUGGACUGGACGUCCAGGGGAGGAGAGGUGAGCUGGGCUUCCUGAUGAUGGACGAGCCCUUGUCCCCUAUGGGAGGAGACCCACUGCUCUCCGCGAUGUCGCCUGAUGCCUCGGUCGACUCCAGCCGCAGAUCCAGCUUCAGCAUAGAGGAUGGAGACAUACUCUAGACACAUGCGUACACACACAUUCACUCACACAAAUGCAUGCACAUGCAGAGGUUUCAGCAAAAAGUAAAACGGCAUAAAAAAGUGACUGUGCAUCGGCACAACACAUUCACAGCACAUACGACGGAAAGGAAUCAGCCACCAGACUCAACAUCAUUCACCCAUACACACACUAUACACAUCACACAAUUUGAACAUGACACUCAAUUGUGGUACAAUUAUAUCCCCUUAACGGCACGAGCAAAAGAAGGUACACAGCCGUCACACAGUUGAAAGAAAUUCUGUAUUGUGCAAACGUUUUGCGCGCACACAGACAAGUGCAUGUGAGAUAAACUGAGCAGCUUGAAACUUUGCCCAACAGAGCAUUUACAACGGGUGAACCAACACUGCCAGGUCAGGAGUUAUAUUGCACACUUGGCCUUGUUUCCGUAAAGGUGGCUCUAACACAUAAUUAAACAAGGGACAAAACCAGCAGUUAAUUAGAUUGAAGUUAUCAGAUACAAGGACAACCGAGUGCAUUGUCUCACUUGAUAGAGGACAAGUUAUUUUCUCCUUACAUCAACCUCUUUUAGUAACCAUAAAUGAUUGAAUGAGCGAUAGUGAAUAAAAUGGAAAUAGCUUCAUGGUCCUGCAUGCAUAAUUUAUCUGAAGGGGAUGCAGUCCAGUCACUUUGUUCUCCUCCUCAAUCUGUUAUUCCAGUGUUGGCUUUUGCCUCUAGCACCAGCUGUUUGACAAAGAUCUGUGUUAGCCUGCUAAGCUGAAGUGUAUUCUGCAAUUGUCUACAUUUUAGGAAACAUUAUAAAACUCACUGGAGUAAGGAGGUAGAUAAUCUAGCUUUCAGCAAAACCCCUUUAAUUUAUUGCAUCUACUCCACUUCCAGCUGUAAUUGUUGUCUUCUCACAAACACACACUGCUGUCCCCCAGUUUCUACGCCUUUAACACUUGACACUGUCAUGACCUUUACCGUGGAGAGAGUAGAGAAAACAUUUGGAUGGUCUUCAGCAUACAGCGUGUCGUCCAAAAAAUGUGAGGUGUCAAAAUACUCAGGUACUGUAACAGAAUACACACAGCCGGAUCAUUUCUAAGAAGUAGCAGAUGUUAACCUGAUCUGUGUCCGGCUUAUAACCCCUAUCAAUGUGCCUUUUUUUAUUUUUGCAGCUGCUGCUCUUCAAAGGUAUGUUUUUAUAAGUCGGAGAUCACGACCAGGGUUUAGAUUUAAUAUAAACUUUAAUUAUGCCUGUAAAUGCUUUAGAGUUAGCUUCUGUACCAUCCAUACCUUUGUCGUUGCAGGAGAUAAACGUUUCAUCUUUUCUCCCACUAAUUGACUUUGUAGGGCCAAGCUUGCAUGAGAGGCCAAGGUGAAUGAAAUAUAUAGUGACAGGGUUUAACACUGGAGAGAGAAAUAGAUAGUUUGUCUCAGCUGACAGCAGACGUAGUGUAGUCUUCACUGUUGAAACACGGCAUCAGCACACACUUGCAUGCAUUCACACUCUCACUCUGUUCACAAACAACAUGCAGAUGCUCAUCGAGUUCACCAACGUGCAUUAUAGUGCUCAGAUGCCAUACGUACAGUGCAGCCUUGAGGCUGUUUUCAAAUAAGCAUGUUAACAAGUCUCCUGUGCUUCAGUCUCUCCCCCGACGAGUGGAGUGAAGCUGCCAGCUGCAGAGGUAAAACUCAGGUCUGCUGUUAAAACUGCCACCUAAAGGGAAUUGUUAUCCCACUGGCUACAGUUGUCACAGUGAUGGUUAGGGAAGGCGGAGGUGGACCUGAGUUGUAUCUUUGCUGUGGUGGACCUGGGGCUUGGCUUUGAUUUGAUAUAGCUUAUGAUCAGUACUGAUAAAGGUAGAAAAGAAAUGUUGAUGGUGAUUUUUUUGAUUAAAAUAAGUGUUUGUUUUCUUUAUUAUAGUUUGUUGUUUAUUUUAUCUCCCAAAGCACUGGAAACUAUAUUAUUGUUUUGACUUUGUACAUGGAAGAAUUAUGGAAUAAGAUUUAUUUCAGAUGUUAUAUGCCACUAAGCCACUUAAAUGUAUUUUGCUUGUAUUUUUUUUGUUUUAGUUCUAUUUCAAUUUUAUUCCAAUACUACUCUUUCUUCCCAGAGCCAUGUUCAGUAAGCACACAAACCACCAAUGUUUUAUUGGUGAAGGAGUGGGGAGCCAUUUAUAAAUUUCCAGAUUUCAACUGAAGAGAGAUGGAGCGAUUCUGUACAUUUAUGAUGCCAUUUUUAUAUGAUUGGGUUUUUUAUUUUCCCCUCUAUUUUAACUUUUUGGAGCCAACUUGAUUAUUUGAGUUGAUUGAAUUCAAAUUGCUAAUUUUUUGAAUGUAAGCUUUACCAGUGGUUCUGGUCAGACUGAAGCAGGUCUGCGUUUUCGCCAUGCCUACUUCCUCCCUGACUUUGGUUUCCAUGAAGACUGGAAGACGACUGACUUCACAUAAACUCUGAGCCGAAGAGUUGUUGUUGCCAUGGCGUAGUAUCACUGACUCUGCGUUGGUCUCUGUCUGUCUGUCUGUCUGUCUGUCUGUCUGUCUGUCUGUCUGUCUGUCUGUCUGCCAGAGUUGUGCCUUUUCCCUAUCAGCCACAGUUUGACUGUUGUUGUACUUUCACCCAGCCAACACUCCAAAGAGCUGCUCAGGCCUCCUCUACUCUUCCACUAGAGGGUGCUCUGCAGAGCAAACUACACAGGGAAAAGUGGUUCUGAUUUUACUGAGAAUAUAAAAUGUUUUACCAGAAUCCA